CCACGCUACGAGCUGUGCUUGCAGUCGAUGUCGAAACUGACGCGACGCGACGGCGACGCGCGUGAGCGUCCGAGUCGACUCUGAUCAGUCCGUGCGGGACGCUCGAGAAACGAGGAUUACGUUCUCGUCUCGUCUUACUCCGGCCUGUCUCCCCAAGCUUGCCUCUCAAGUUUAUUCGUCAGGUGCUAGUUAACUCGCGACGAAGAGAAAGACUACGUUAGUUUUCGAUCCAGCGCGCAGCGAUCAGCAAAUUCGAGAGGAUCGGCAAAAGGGUGAAAAACAGCGGCGGCAAUCAUACAGGAGCAGUUUUUGCGGGACGACCGGGACUCUACGAGUUUUCGAGCACAGAUGGUGAGAGGAUCGUUACCCGAUAUCGCAGUGACGAUGGCAUCGGGCAGGGAAAUCCACGGCGCUUUUAGUCUCAUUGUGGACGACGUGGACUCGCAUUCGAUUCUGAGUGACGGCUCCGACCUGGACGGCCUAUCGCGGGAGAGCAGCUCACAGAAUUCGGCAUCGCAGACACCGCUCGACAGUCCUGGCGGUCCGCGAGAGAGAAUCAAGCAGAUCCAGGUGGAAGCCGAGACCAGGCGGGGCGAGUUCGCUAGACUUUUGGAGGAACACGCGCAAGUUGUGCGCAAACUGAAGAUGAUGGAGGCGGAAGAGCAGCUGUCGACAACAACAACGGCAACCGGGAACGCGGCAGUGAUCGGCGGCGCACACGCGUGAUUUCAUAAUCUUAUCGCCAGCGAAACGAGAGUCCUAUCGAGGGUCGGGACCAUCACGAUUCGUAGAUAAGAUGUGGAUCAACGCAAAUAUUGCUGGACUUUUCAAUCGCUGAUUCUCGGAUUGACAUCUCGAUUGGCAGCUUCAAAACGCACGAACGAUACGUGUGAGGGACACGCAUUUAUGAGAAAGUUACGAGUGCAUUCGAAAAGUGAAUUUGCUAAAAUGCGGCCAACUACGGAGGAAGAACAAUAUGUACAUAGACACUCGAAAGGAUUUCUCCCUUCUCUCUCUCUCUCUCUCCCUUCCCCCCUUCUUGUUUUUUUCUUCAUUUCCUUUUCUCUUCUUUUUUUCUCUAGUCAAUAACUCCAUUUCAUCGACUUGCGUUUUAGCUUAAUGAAAAUACGUUGCUUUUUGGUUUAAUGGUAGUUAAAACUUGAUUCGUAAUUUUAAUUCCGCGUUUACAGUGCGCGCGGAAAAUGACAAAAAUUCGGAAUAAAAUCGGGACUAAAUAACUGUUACUAAAUAAAUAACAUAUGUGUAAAUCGUUGUAAAUCGUUGGAAUUGUAAAACAUAAUUAUAUAAUUACAACUGUACACACCAAUUAGCAACGUAACAUGUGAUACGUGUAAAUGCGAAUGUACUCGAAUGCAAAACUAUUUUGUAUUCGCUUCAAGAUACGAGAUAUGAGAUACUCUCCGAGACGAAAUCUAGAAAGUUGCAAGUUGUAGUAAUCGGAUUCAAGCAAGCGGGAUCAAGUCGAUCGAGUACGCUGAUACCGACAUAAUUGGCAGAAAUCCUCCGCAAAGGAUAUCACAAUCACCGCCCUUACUUGGCUGCUGUUUACAAAGUCUGAAUAAAAGAAUAAAAGCUAGACACGACAAUAAUGAGAAACACUUUUAUGGAGAACGUGCGCGAAAGCCGGUUGCAUAUUGUUCACAACGUGUGGAACGAGAAACUCCCCGCCCGUUCGAAUUAGCUCAACGGCUGGCCUAAGCGUAGUACAAAUUUUGCAGUAAAGUCUCUCAAUUAAAAAGGAUGUGAAUAGGGCGAGAAAGAUAUAGAGCGAGAGCGAGAGCGAGAGCAAAAGAGAGAGAGGAAAGAAGAAAAGUAAUCGCAGAGAUUAAUACGGCGAUAAUAAUUGCGAUGAUAAUCGCGAAAAAAAAUGCAUGCUGCAGUGAAUAUGAUCGGCACGUAUAUGUAGCCUACUAUCGAAACAUGGGAGUGUAUAAGCUUCUACAUUUUAUAGCGUUAUAGAGUUGAGUGUUCCACAUAAGUGUAAGCUAGAGUUUUCUAUAUCAUAAAUACGUUAUACGUAAAUGUACGGUAAAGAAUAGGUUGCCGGGUCUGAUGAGAAAUGCAUUUUUUUGUAAAUAAAUAGUUCUUUCUUUAUUAUUAUAUAAUAAUAAGAUCGGACCAUAAAUCGCAAUGUGUGAGUUCUGAGAUCAAAUUAAAAAAGGUGUAAAUUAAUAAUCGGUUAAUGAUCAGCCGACAUUCUCCGUGUCGUAAUUCCAACCCUAUUAAAUUAGGAAUCAAAUCAUCGCUAAAAGGCUAGAAUCCAGAAAUUGAAAUUUUAGUUUUUAACGCGUGUUGCAUCUGACCGGCACCAGAUUCGAACAGACGUAGGUGUACUUUUAGGCAUUUAUAGACUUGUAUAAUUAAAGAGAAUAUACGCGUGAGCGAAUGACCGGAUGCGUGCAUGUACGUGAGAUCCGUGUGUUAGAGAGUAGCGUGUCUAGUGUUACACAGUACGUCAGUCUACGCUAAUUGGUAAUCGAGAUGUCUUUCCUGCUUCGAUCAAUCUGUAAGACGUAAUUAAUGCGCGCGAUGAUCAUGUCCGAAAUGUUAACGAGCGACACGCAACAAAAGAGAAAGAGAACUUGAGGGAAGCUAUUCCCAUUUUACACGGCUGAGAGACUUUGUGUGUAAAGCAAGAAAGUCAUAGAAUAAAGAGUAGAUAAAUACGUUAGCUGAAGACGUAAAAUGCUUUAAAAGAAAUCUCACGAAAGAAAGUGAUAAUGCGUGGCAAUAAUUUCUCCAACAUAUUCGGAAAGAAAGACUGCAAAGUAGCGCGAGAAACGAGCAAGAAAUUUGCAUUAUUUUUGCUGCUGCAAAAUUCCUAAGGCCGUCACCAUUACGUUAAGCGAGCUACAUAUACAUAUGGUCACUAUGUAGUUUAUACUCAUUAUUAUUCGUAUAUGUGUAGACAGAAGCGCGCGCGUGCGCGUGUGUGUACAUGACGUAUGUGUAAAGUUUGUAAUGAGACAUUAAGGAGAUACGUGAUUUUAAUUUACGCGCAAGAUAAGAAAAAAAGAUCGCGUCUUUGAGAACAGCCGCUUUUCAAGACUCAGCGAAAUGCAUUAUAUGUAUUAUAUUGUAACGCCGAGUUGAUAUUAACGUAACCGAGAUUUAUAUAUAAAUUUUUUGAAUGUCCUAUGUAUCGCGUAUAUGUGAGAUGCGAUGUUGAGUUUUCUUAGGGAAGGAACCGCUGCUUAUAUAAUAAUUAUUUAUAUAGUCUCGUGUACGCGAAUGAAACAAUAACGCAACAUGUAAAACAACGGUUAUACUACUGGAGAAAUAUAUAUGUAUAUUU